CUACGAAGUCACGAUAAAUCACAGAGUUGUAUAUAAGUAAAUAGAGAGCAUAUAAGUAAAAUACAACUCUGUGCGAUAAAUACGCAUCAAGUGCAAUGCAUUACUCCCUCCAAAUUUCAAAUAUAUCGACCAAUGAAAACACAACACUGUUCGCGAAUAAAAACACAGAUUCCUGUUUUAUUGUUGGCAAUUGUUGACACAGACUGAGCGACGUGCUGUGCAAUGGCGUGAAGUAGCUGGAAUCGUGCGCUGUCAAACUCAUUUAAAAAUCGUGUGCAUUUUCGUCGUUUUCGUGAAUGAAUUCCGUGCUCGACGGUCUGGUUAUCGACUAGUAAAGUUCGCGCUUCACAAAACGCCGAAUAACGAAAUUCCUCGAGUUCCUAAACAAAAGCAAUUUGAAGGUUAAUUUUAUUAAUCGUUUUGUUAAUUACUAUCAAGCCAACAAUAAUUAAAGUAACUUUAAAUUCACCCUGUGACUGUGAGUAGACUCGAAUUUGUUUUCUGUUAAGUGUGUGGCGAAUUUUAAUAUCAGGACCUCCACAAAUGAACAACUUUUAAAGUGAUGGUUCACAGCACUAGGAACAAGGAUGGAACGCUUUAACAAGAGCUUAACAAAAGGCCGUCCAAUAUCUACAGUCGAUGCGGCGAAGGCGAACGAUGCAUUCGACCACUUCAUUAACGCAGGCACCUUAAAGUCAGUAUUCGGAUGUUACCGAAACAUUUGCGAACUUUUGCAUCUCAAGCCGAACGUUUUUCCGCAAUUUUAUCCUAAAUUAAAAGACAACUUAACGUCUUGGAAGGCAAAAGCGCUAUGGAAGAAAUUUGACGCGCGCGCUAGUCACAAAUGUUACGCAAGAGGGAAAAUAUGCCCGAACACCAGGGUGCUUAUUAUAGGAGCCGGCCCUUGCGGAUUGCGUACGGCCAUCGAGGCGCAACUGUUGGGCGCCAAAGUGGUCGUGGUGGAAAAGCGAGAUCGUAUGUCGCGCAACAACGUCCUUCAUCUUUGGCCCUUUGUGAUUGAAGAUUUGCGCGCAUUAGGCGCCAAAAAGUUUUUUGGUAAAUUUUGCGCCGGUGCCAUCGAUCAUAUCAGUAUUAGGCAGCUACAGUGCAUUCUUCUCAAGGUGGCGCUACUUCUCGGAGUCGAAGUGCACACGGAAGUCAGCUUCGAAAAACUUGUGGAACCGAAUAGUAGCGAAAAGAUCGGAUGGCGCGCGGAAUUCAAACCGGUCGAGCACCCCGUCUCCCAGUACGAGUUCGACGUAAUUGUAGGGGCGGACGGUAAACGAAACACAUUACAGGGCUUUAAACGGAAAGAAUUCAGGGGAAAACUAGCCAUUGCGAUUACGGCGAAUUUUAUUAACAAACGCACCGAGGCCGAAGCACGCGUGGAAGAAAUUAGCGGGGUCGCUUUUAUAUUUAAUCAAAAGUUUUUUAAGGAACUGAAUGCGGAGACUGGAAUUGAUUUAGAGAAUAUUGUUUAUUAUAAGGACGACACUCAUUAUUUUGUGAUGACCGCGAAGAAACUAAGUCUGAUCGAAAAAGGGGUCAUUCUUCAGGAUUAUCCCGAUACCGCCCGCUUGCUGUCUCCAGAAAACGUCGAUAGGGAUAAUUUAAUGGAGUACGCCAGGGAGGCCGCCGAAUUUAGUACAAAUUAUCAAAUGCCCGAUUUGGAAUUCGCCGUUAAUCAUUACGGACAACCCGAUGUGGCCAUGUUUGAUUUUACAUCAAUGUAUGCAGCCGAAAAUGCUUCAAAAGUUAUCGAAAGGCAUGGAUAUAAGCUGUUUAUGAUUUUAGUUGGCGAUAGUUUACUUGAGCCCUUUUGGCCCACCGGCUCAGGAUGUGCCCGUGGGUUUUUAUCGUCCUUGGACGCUUGCUGGGCUAUAAAAGGAUGGGGUAGCGGACUAUCCACUCCGUUAGAAGUACUAGCUGAAAGAGAAUCCAUAUAUAGGUUACUUGCUCAAACUACACCAGAAAAUUUAAAUAAAGACUGCAAAGCAUACACUGUCGAUCCUAGCACGCGCUAUCCAAAUCUUAAUAAGUCUGCUCUCCUUCCACAACAAGUACUAACGCUGUAUGACACUGACGAUCCAAACACCAUCGAGUUAACGUCUAGGGCGGCACAACCGUUUAUAAACGAACUUCACAGAAAACGAAGAAAGCGAGACCUACAUCUCGACGCAAAUACACUCAUUGGUUGGAUUAAAGAACAAAUAAAGGACUACGACGACCUAUUAGUGGAAGACCUCACGAACUCGUUUAGGGAUGGCAGAGUCUUGUGUGCGAUACUACACCAUUAUCGACCGGAUUUACUCGAUUACGGCGCGAUAAAGUCGGAGGACGUCGCGAAGAACAAUCAGUUGGCGUUCGAUCUGCUCGAAAAGGAGAUAGGAAUAUCGCCGAUCAUGACUGGCGAGGAGAUGGCCAAGCUGGAAACGCCUGAUUAUCUGACGAUGUUCUCAUAUUUGACACAAAUAUAUGACACAUUUAGGGGUGAAAUACCUCACAUCAAACAUCCUAAAUUGAUCUCACUGUUACCGUCCUGCUCUUCAACACCUUCCUUACCCUUUUCCCCAAAUGCAGCUGUGUUUAGUGAAAAGCGUCAUUGCAAAUCAUCAAAGAUAAAAAUAGCAAAGAACCUACGAAAACAAAGAGCAAAAUUAUGCUCUAAGAAAAGAUUAAAGUUGACAAACCCUUCGCAUUCUACUUGUAAGCAACAGACAGAAAAUUUAAAUUGUGUAACAUGCUAUGAUGAGAAUUUCCAAGAAAUUUGUACAAUUAAGAAUUCCCGCAACAAUAAGAAAGGGGCGAAAAAAAAGAAAAAAGUGGCCAAAAACAUUGUGUUGCGUCAUUUAGAAGAGAGUCCCAGAAUGACAACGUUACAGGAGUUGACAUUACGAGUUUCGUCAAAUAAUCUUCAUAUCUCCGUCCAACCUCCGGUUAUAAACAGGAAACGGUGCUCUGGCGAAUUAAUCGAAAACAAGACAGUGUGUGACACUGAAUUGUGUCACUUUUUGAAGGGAUACUCCACAUUAAAAUUUUUGUAUGCUGGCAAGAUGAAUGAUUCAGUUUCUCCCAUGUUGGAUACUGAACAUAAGGUCAUUGAUUGGAUAAAUGCAACUACAUUUGAAAAUCGCGUAAAGAUUCCACACAAUGAGGUACAAGAGACUAAGACUGUGCUUGACGAAACGGAAAUUCAAAGUGAAAUAGAGUCACCGCUCAUUGAGAGCAUGAUGCACUCCAUCAGCGACGUAAACAUUUCCAAUAUUGUACAAGGAAACUGUGCUCCACACCAAGUUAUUACGGAAAUAUGGGAAAAGGUUUCUACAAUGCUUGAAACCGAUAAAAUAGAUUUAUCGGAAGUUAAAGAGAAUAUAAGAGAAAAGACGAUACCGACUAUCACCGCCCGCAUUAACGAUGGCUUCGCAAGUCGGUUUAACAUUGGCAGAUCGAAACGUCACGCGGAAAUGUCAUCGAGCAAACCAGCGACGACAGAAAGGAAAAAUAAGAAGAGAAGGUCGUUUGAGAAGUACGACAUGAGUGUGGUAAGUAACUUUGGUUAAUCGUAUAGUUGGGUGUGGGGUAGGUCUGUUUCCAUAAUUUAUCCUUUCCUAUAUUUCCUUGCACAAAGUUGUUCAAAUAGAUAUCUUCUGUCUAAUUCUUCUAAACUUUAUUUUCGUGUUUUAUCAUAACGCUCACUUCCUAGUGUGCCAUAUAGCAAUCCGAACAGAAUAUCAAUCAGUUUACAUCCCUUGUUGAUACCCUGGGCAUACUUAAUUUCACUUUCAGAUAUGGAUUUUUGAAUAUAUUUCAAUUUUCACAUAGGACUCUUUGAAUGUGUCAGUUUUGACAGGAGUCUGAUUUUGACAGGAGGCAGGAAAAGUGUUUCUGCCACUACCAUGGAAACUAAAAUUUUCUGGCGUAAAGUAGGCGUGAAAAUGAAGGUUUU